GGCCGGGCGGCUGGCCCCGGGUACUAGGCUAAGGACUGCAGCGGAGGCCGGGACUCCGGGGGAGCUGCGGCGGCGCUGCCGGGGGCGGAGCGUCUUCUGGCCUGCAAGAUGGCCCAUCUGCUGGGGAACCAGAGCUGCAUGGAGAGCCUGAGGAAGGACAUCACGGACCUGCAAGGAGCCAUUGUGGAUGUGUUCUCCCGAGCUGGGGCAGUGCGUUUCCCUUCUUGGAAGUUCCCUGACAAAGUGUCCUGUGACCUGGAUCUGGUGUCUCUCUUAGAGCACUAUGACCAUGAGGAAGGGAACCCUGAGUUCACUCAGCUUUCCCAUGUGGUACUCCUAGAGCUGGUGAUUGACAGGUGA